AUGGCCACGUUUCCAAAGUCUUUCCUGGCCGCCGUCGUCAAGCAGCUACUCCGGGGCAAAUCGUUGAUUCAAGCCCUCUUGGCCUUCUGGCUCACGCCCCAAGCCGUCUCAGGGAAACCGACAACUUCAAAGGUGGACUGUUGCAGCACAUCGGGGACGACGACGCCCUCGGGUCAAAGUAUCGAGGAAUACCUAAAGGAGGCCGAGCACCUCCUCCUGGGGCCCUUACUCGACAACGAUGGCCUCCUCGAGUUAUCCAACGCCCUAAAGGCGCAGUUCAGAGACAAAUUGCAGACGAGCAUGGCCUGCAUGCUCCCUUCGUACAACCACCAACUCCCCGGCGGGCACGAAGUCGGUCAGUACCUGGCGGUGGACGUGGGGGGGUCGACGCUGCGUAUCGCGCUGGUCGAGUUGCGGGGUCGUGACGCCGUGGGCCGGGAGAGCGAGAUUGUGCGGAUGAGUUCGUUCAAGAUCGACAACGAUGUCAGGAACUUGGAGGGCAUGGCCUUCUUCGACUGGAUGGCCGAGAGGAUAUGGGACAUGGUGUCACAGGAUGGCCAGGACCCUUCACGGCCCAUGCCCAUGGCCCUGGCAUGGAGCUUUCCCAUCGAGCAAACAUCACUAAAAGGCGGCCGCAUCCACGGCAUGGGCAAGGGCUUCCUCGCCGCCGAGGGCCUCAUGGGCCAAGACCUCGGCGAGGUCAUCGAGACCGCCUGCGCAGCCAGGGGCCUGACAGGCACCCGGCUGCGCGUCAUCCUCAACGACGGCGGCGCCACGCUGCUCUCCCAAGCCUACGUCCACCCGGCCACCCGCUUCGGCCUCAUCCUCGGCACCGGCGUCAACAUCGCCGCCUACCUCCCCGUCUCCCUGAUCGGCAGGGCCAAAUUCGGGGACCGCCCGCGGGAGUGGUGGAGCGAGGCGCGCGACGUCAUCGUCAACACGGAGCUCGGCAUGUUUGGCGGCGGGGGCGUCCUCGGCGUCACGCGCUGGGACAGACUGUUGAAGCAGGGGCACCCGAGGCCCGAUUUCCAACCGUUAGAGCAGAUGGUGAGCGGGUACUAUCUCGGCGAGGUGGUGAGGUUCGCGUUGAUUGAGGCGAUUCGGACGACGGGGGUGUUUGGCGGCGUGGUGCCCAAGUCGCUUGAUGAGCCGUACUCUUUGAAGUCCGAGACGAUAUCUGCUAUUGAAGGAGAUACGUCACCAUCACUCUCAUCCUCCAUCGACCUCUUCACCGCGCAACAUCCCUCAUCUCACACCCCCACACCAUCAGAUCUCGCCGCCCUCCGCAGCCUAGCCUCCUUCGUCUCGAGGAGGUCAGCCGCCAUCAUCGCAGCGUGCUUACACGCCGUGUGGUCCCUCCGUCUCGAGUCUCUAGCCGAGGAAAAGGAGACGAACACAAAACAGACGGCGAUACAAAAAGAAACCUCCUUGUCCCGGACAAUGGUCGCCUACAACGGCAGCGUCAUCGAGUGCUACCCGGGCUACCUGGCAAUGUGCCAGUCGUACGUCGACGCGCUGGUCAACAGGGGCGACAGGAGCGUCGAGCUCGUGCCGGCGAAGGAGAGCUCGCUGUUGGGGGCCGGCGUCGCGCUGGCGAGGGCUUGUGAUACCGCGUAA